AUGUUCAAACGGAAGCAGCACGGGGAGUUUAUUCAGGCGAUGUGCCAGCCACCCCGCAGCAUGCCGUUUCUAUCCCUGGCGGUGUUUUUGCUGCUGUUGGUGUGUUGCGCCGCUGGGUGCCUCGCUGCCGAUUCCGCUCGGAAGCACCGCUGCGGGUUUGGCGAGAUGAUGGGGUGGUGGCCUCCAGCGACUGCGGUGGUUCGUGAUGUGCCGCGCAGAGGACAGGGCGCGAUGCAGGCGUACACCAUCGCUACACAAGGCGUGGGGAGUGAGUGGGCCCCGAUCCGCAUCAAGGUCUUCACGAAGGACAUGGACGAUCCGUCGAGGUACUGUACCGCAGUGGGGUAUCUGAGAGCGCCCAAUGGCAGCAGGGUGAAAUGCACAGAAAAAUCUAUUUUGACGAAGGCGAAGAAGGACAUUCUUUUGAAGCAACUCCUCCCGGCCGCAAUUAAGAUGCACACCGAGCGUCUCUCCGUGAAGCCUGUGGAGGGUCCCAUCCCCAUACCAAAGAAAGAUCUAGGGCGGUGCAGCCAUUUCACUAUCCCUUCCUGGCACCACACGAUCGGCGUGAGCGGCGCCGACCUGAUUCUCUACGUCAACGCACUCCCUAGUGCAACCUCCAUUGCAUCGGCGAAUAUGUGCGUUAUUCUGAUGGACGGACGCCCAUACGUUGGCGCCAUGAACUUUGACCCCCGGCACAUAAGGGCUACUCAUGAAGCUGUUGGUAUUGCAGCGCACGAGAUUGGGCACGCUAUUGGGUUUUCGUAUGAUCGCUUUUCCUGGUUCAAUAUGGUCUCCAUCGUCCCCAAUGUGCGUGGGAGAGAAAAUACGUGGAUAGUUUCCUCACCGAAGGUGAAGGCGCUGGUGAGGAAGUACUACAAUUGCCCCACACUUGAGGGCAUGGAGCUGGACGAGUCGGGUGGUAGGGGACACUGGAAGAAACGCAACGCACUUGACGAGGUGAUGAAUGCUCAUCCCCCGUCCAUUUAUUACUCGGCAUUCACGCUUGCGGCAUUUGAGGACAUGGGUGUGUUCAAGGUUAACUACGGCAUGGCGGACACGUUGCGGUGGGGCAACAACUCUGGUUGCGGGCUGCUGGAAAAUAAGUGCUUGACCAAUGGCCGCACCGACUACCCUGACUUGUUCUGCGGGCAGACGUCAAUCGAAGGCAGGCUGCUCUGCACGUAUGAUCGUCUUUCUCUGGGGUACUGUGGGAUACAGACUCACUCGCAGCCCAUUGCACCGGAGUUUCAGUACUUUGAUGGCACCACACAUGGAGGUUUUGAGUCUAUGGACUACUGUCCGUAUGUUAUGGGGCGUGAAGCGUCUGGAUGUAUAAACGGUGACCCCAAUAAAUUCCCUGGAAGCUUCAUUGGCUCGAGCUCACGGUGCGUAAAGGGGGAGGGGCUUCGUUUUGAUUACCAAGAGAUUGGCGAUGUGUGCGUGAACACGCAGUGCAGUGGGGGUAAUCUGAGGGUGCAGUUCCUUGGCGACGGCAGGUGGCACGACUGCAAUGAGGGUGAGAUGGUUGCGUCGUCGGGGAGCAGAUGGAGCGGGGGGAGCAUCAGGUGCCCCAAAUACGCCGACGUGUGCACAGCCUUCCCUAACACCUGGACCCCGCCACCGGUGGAGGAUCCAGACCAUGCAGGCACUCCAGUUGCGGCUGUUGGUCUCAGUUCCCUUGCGCUUUUCGCCGUGGCCGCCGCCGUGGCGAUGGCGCCUCUCUGA